GAUCCCCACCGUCUUCUCCAUCCAUUGAUUCCCGGGCCGUUUAGCGGCAGAGUCCGGCAAACGCUGCUCUUCCCAGCACCCGAUUUGUUCCCUGAUGGCAUUUAGUUGGAGGUGACAUCUUGCAGCGUCGCUGCCCGCUGCGCUCUGAUACACCAAUUCUAAGAUUUUCAACUUUGUCCUUCCGACGACGUAGCAAGAUUGUGAUGGUUCGCGGUCGUAUCCCCGCCGCGGUGCGAGGUCGCUUCGUGCCACGCUCUAGGCCACUGCGUCCAGGUCUCGCCAUCCAUAUCUCAACCUCCUCCCCGGUAUGCCAAUUCGGGUGCUCGCCGAUUCCUACCCGCAGAUACGGGACAGCACGAAACGGCGGUGGUGCGGGCGCGGACGAGAAGGAAGCCCGAGAGAGCGCCCAGCACGAUGCGGCGGCCGAAUCGGCGGCGGAUACGGCGGGGAAAGACACCAAGUCGGCCGAGGCAUUGGCAAGCGAGGCAAAAACCUCCUCUACCGCCGGGUCGUCGGUAGUCAGCGAUGUGCAGGAUUGGGAAUAUGACCCGAACGUGAAGGUCGAGUCGUUCAAGGAUCUGCCACACGCCAACUUCGGGGUCAACCAGCACAUUCCAUUCGAUGCAGAGUUCAAGGAGGUCUUGAAAGCUAUACCCUGGCAAUUCCGUGCACCGAUUCGUUAUGCGUUUGCCUACGGCUCCGGCGUGUUUCCCCAGUCGAAAGCGAGCGGGAAGACCCCAACCGAGGAAGAACUCCGCGCGAUACAUCCGAAAGCACCACUCGCCGUGCAAAGGGCCCAGGACGGCACACCGAAAAUGAUCGAUUUCAUCUUCGGUGUCUCGCAUACCCAGCACUGGCACUCUCUCAACAUGAAACAGCACCGCGACCACUACUCUCCGCUUGCGAGCCUCGGGUCCGGUGCCGUAUCGUACGUUCAGGACAAGAUGGGAGCGGGUGUCUACUUCAACCCUUACGUUGUCGUAAACGGAAUCCUCAUCAAAUACGGCGUCGUACAACUGGGCACCCUCGAGAACGAUUUGACGCAGUGGGACACGCUUUACUUGGCUGGGAGGUUGCAUAAGCCCGUCAAGAUCCUCCGAGACGAUCCGAAGAUCCGGUUAGCCAACCAAAUGAAUCUCCUAUCGGCCUUGCGAACAGCGUUAUUGCUGCUCCCGCCAGACUUCACGGAAGAACAGCUGUACGGAACCAUUACCGGCAUCAGCUACCUUGGCGACCCGCGCAUGGCCCUGCCCACCGAAAACCCACGUAAGGUCAAGAACAUUGUGGGCAACAAUAUGGCCAAUUUCCGGCGGCUCUACCUCCCGCUCAUCGACACGCUACCCAACGUCGACUUCAACGACCCCGGCGUCGGCACCAAGGACUGGGUCUGGGACGAGACGAAGAACCUAAAGCUCGCCCAAGAUAUGGACCCAGUCAAGCGCGGCAACAUGGUGCGGCGCUUGCCCAAAGCCUUCCGCUCGCGCCUCUAUUUCCAGUACCAAAAGAAGCUAGCCAUCCCAGCAGAGGACUUCCGCAAGAUGAUGAACGAGAGUAAGGAGGAGGACUCGGUCGCGUUCAAGAGGCGCGAGGGCGGCGGUUUUGAGCGACGUAUCGCCCAAGACGAUCCCGUCGAGCUCCGAAACUACAUCCGCACCGUCAUCAAGCAGACCAUCAGCUGGCCGGCCACCGCCCAGUCCCUCAAGGGCCCGCUCACCAGUGGGAUACAGAGGUCGUGGCGGUACAUGAAAGAAAAGAUAGACAAAUACCGCGAGGGAAAGCAAGCGGAAGAGAAUAAGGUUGCGGUGGAUGAAGGUGACGGCGGAAAUGUCGGCGAAGGGAAGGAGAAGAAGCCGUGAUAUCAUGUAGAACAGAAGUGGGAGGGUUUGAACGAACAUGACUGGCUGGCUAGGAAAGCGUGCCUUUUUUGUACAUUAUAUGCAUGGCAUGGUCAUGGCGCCCGGGGAGAGGAUUAGACAGCGAUCGGUGUUUAUUCACGCCUUGUCGCCCGACUGCGAUCGUUCGACUAAAUAGAAGGUACUAGCAGUAACGAGUAAUGUCACGACCGAGGCAACAAUUCAAAUACUACCGUGGUUUACAAACC